UUCGACGGCCUGGUUGUGGGCACCUGCCAGGCACUUGAGAAAUCUUACUUCCGCCUUACCAGCAAGCCGGACCCCGCGACCGUGCGUCCCGAACCCGUUUUGGAGCGUGCCCUGGAUCGCCUUGUGUCCAUGAUUGCGCGCGGUGAAGCCUCGUACUUUUACUCACUGGACCAGUUCAAGGGCAUGCGUCAGGACUGCACUGUGCAGCACUUGCGAAAUGGCUUGGCUGUGCGCGUAUAUGAGGCGCACGCGCGCAGUAGCCUCGAGUAUGGCGACACGGCUGAGUUCAAUCAAUGCCAGGCGCGGCUGGGACACUUGUACGCUGACGGGCAGCCGGGUUGCGUGGCAGAGUUCACCGCUUACCGUGUGCUUUACGAAACCGUGCAUUGUGCGACAGCGGGGUGGCGGGGCGGCGGCAUGGCCAAGUCACUUCUGCACACGAUCCGCAACAUCCCGCGCGAGCUAAUGGGGAGUUCAGAGAUUCGGCACGCGCUGCAGGUCCGUGAGGCAGUUAUGACUUACAACUACGCGGCCUUUUUCCGCCUAUACGCGUCUGCUCCACACCUGGGCCGGGCUAUCAUGGACGUGGUCGCGGAGGUGAUGCGGUGGGGCGGCCUCAACGCCUUCGUGAAAGCGUGCGACCUUCCGUUGCCCGUUUCUGAGAUGGCGCAGUUGCUAGGAUUUUCGCCUCAUUCGUCUAGCUCCGGGGGCCAGGGUGCAGAGGGUGAGGGGAAGCCGCUGCCGGGAUGCAUGCGCGCACACCUCGCUGGCGAGGCGGCCUCGGCCCCUUCUGUGGAGGAGGGCGUAGCGGAGUGUACUGCUUGGCUGCGUGACCACGGAGCUGUUGUGGUUGAGAAAGGGACUGAGUUGCUGCUCGACACCAAGGCAUCCAGGGGCAAACUGUUUGUGCCAGAGGUGACGGCCAAGGUGGCGCACGGUGACGAGAACCUAAGCGUCAACGACUUCCUAUCACAGGCUCAACGAAACUUGGCCGUGUAGAUCGAGGCUACCCUUACCCUGGGCACCCAUGCUGCUGCUGCAAGUCCUCGCCACCGCGGUGUCCCUAACCCGAAU